AUGUCUGCGGCCGAGCAAACCCCCCAGCUUCAUGCGAGGAACGUCGGCGACGUCACGCCAUGCGGGAGUCCCAGGUCUGUGGCUUCCUCGAAGACGACGAAGAGCCCGUCCAGCGGAAGUGCGAAUUCCUGGUCCACGGUGUCAGCCCCAGGAGGCGACAUGAGGCUGGCGCCUAUCGACACCAGCGCUCCACAGGACGGUGGAGUACCGUCCGUGGCGAACUCGACGCUCCCCAGCGCGCUAGAUACCGCUAGCUCGACCGCGAUGGACAGCACAUUCGAUGACCAGUCGACCAUCACCUUCUCCCCCACGGAACGCCCGCAUUCCCAGGCGCUUGUCCCGUAUGAGGACUUCGAGCCUCGUUUCCAUGGUUCUCACCGCCGCCCUGACUUCCUCGCCCCCCACCACUCGAAGGGAGAAGCGUCUACGCGCGGCUGUUCGCCGGAUAGUUUCGUCGAGUCCCCCCAGCCUCAUCCCAUGACUAUUCCGCCGCAGAACUCUCCCAUUACUCUUACGCGCAUUCGUAGCUGCUCCAGCCAUUCUCGCUCGUCUGCCUCUCAUCGCCCUCGAUGCAUCAUCCUCGGGUCCGAAUCAGAGGCGCCCUCCCCGCGACGAGGGCGUAGCCGCUCCCCACGACCGCUGAACCACGUCGCAGGAUAUCCCCCAGGCUAUGCGUACCUAGGUGGCGGGCCACCGAGCGCGGACCCAUCGCCCAUCAUGCAUCCUAUGGAUACGUACCCGCAGCUGCCACCCUCCCCCAUCUGGUCCCCCACAUCGCCACCGUCUGCGCCGCGGGUGAUUGUACCUCUGUCCGGGGACUUGUCGAUGUACGACCGACCUCCCCUGUCGCCCGCCCAGGUGGCGCUGCCCACGCCGUCUAUGUCUGAGGACCACAGCUGGUCGCCUUCUACGCUUCUGCGCCGUCAGGCCACGAAGUCAUCGCGCGAGGGCAGCACGGCGUCGAGGAGUACACUGUCAGCCUUAUCCGAGGUACAAGACUUUCAUCGCUUGUCUCCUCGAGGUCCUCGCAGCCCUUUUAUGGCGGCCAAGGUACCGCUUCCGGCAUCGCUGCAGCCAUCGCCCAGGCACCCUCAGCAGCCCUUGUCGAUGCUCGGGAGCGAUAUCGCAGUGCGCGUGCCUCUGCCCGAGUCGCAGCAGACGUCCCCCCAUCGCGAGCGCGAUACCUUGCCCUCGCCGGCGCAUGUCGAGCUGCCGCCAUCGCUACCUGAGUCUCAGCAACCCACGCCAAGCCGUGUCGCGCUUCCCGCUUCUGCCCUUGCGAGCCCAGGCUCAGUGUCGCGCUAUUCGUCGGCGCACUCGAGCUCGCUGGGCUACUCGCCAUACAGCCACGUCGACUCGCACCGAGGCUCCAGCUCAAGCCGAGACUCGCAUUCAGACCGCGGGUCGUGGUCCGACAUCGGUGACGGAGUGCAGAGGGACUUCGAGUUUGAUGCCCAGUCCCAGUCGAGAUACAGCCAUGAUUCGGUGACGCCGUCGAGGGGUCCAGUGGAGUUCCCGGCAGUGUCGACACCCAACUCAGUGUCAUCGUCGAUGCCCCCGCUGCCAGCGCCUGUCUUGGCAAACAUGCAGGCCACACCAGCCAGGGCCCACCGAUCGUCGGGGGUGCACCCCCAGGACGUGCCGUCAAGGAAUCUGCCUGUACCGCCGAUACCUCCCCUGCCGUCGACGCAUUCAUUGUCUGUGGCCACGUCGCCCUCGCAUUACUCGCAGGAGCCGUCGCCUAUGACAGCGCAAAGUACGCGCUCUCCGUCGCCAUCCGCUCGCUCUCGGUCCACCGCACACAGGACACGCUCGCCUUCUCCUGCGCGCUCGAACCAUCUACCACUGGGGAGGCCAAGGGAACGCGACGAUGAUGACUUCCUUGCGCCUUUCGGGUUCGCUGGCAGGUCGAAGGGCUCGACUCCAGCGUCGGUCGCGCAUUCCGGGUCCUCGUACUUGGAAGCUUGGCGAAAGGCUACGCAACCAUGCGAUGCUCCUGGUCCUGGGGUGGUGAUUCCUAUGAGCCCGUCUUCGCAUUCGUCGGUUCGUAGUCUUUCGAACACGAUGACUCACCACGCGUUUUCGCCCGAACACGUACAGCAGUCGCCAAGGUCUAGUGUCGCGGUGGAGUAUCCUGGUGUACACGAUAUCGACGAAAGGCGGGCGGAGUCGCAUCGUAGCUCUCCUCGAGACCAGCCACACGACGCGCCGCGCUCUCGUUCGCCUCCUUCACGUCGUUCUUCCACCCAUCCUUCGUCUCACGGAGUUCCUUCCACUAUCAUCAGCUCCCCUCAUCGUUGCUUGGAUUAUAGCCCUGCUCGCGCCCGAUCGCCUUCUCCCGGGCGUCAUUCCACACGUCUGCCUUCUGGGCAUCGUUCGUCUGAGUAUCCCCCAUCCCCUGUGCUCGUUCCGCAGGAUCGUUCAGUGAGGUCUUCCGCCAGCACGAGGCGUAGCGAUAGACACAGCACGAGGGACGACCAGCACAGCACGAGGAGUGAUAGGUGUAAUAUUCAGGACGACAGGCGUAGUGCGAAGGCCGGCAGCGUACGUUCGCAGAACGGCGAUCACAGUGCGCAGGGCGACAGACGCAGCACGAAGGGCGACAGCGCACGUUCUCUGGGUGGCAAGAGUUCCCGCCACUCCACGACGAGUAGGGCCGAGCCGCCGCGGGUCGAUAUCCCAUCCGCAAGAGCUGUUGCAGAGGCUGCCGUGCGAGCAAACGCCGCUGCUCAUGCCGAAGCCAUCGCGCGUACGCACCUACCCACGCACGCGCAAACGAUUGCUCACGCCGAUAUCGCAGCAGCCAUGACCGCGGAGCCCGUGACGGCCAUCUCCUUACCUUCCCCGCGACUGGGGGCCGUUCCAGAGAUGCAGCGGGGGCAGCUGGCUCCCGAUGUGCGCUACACUCCUCCGAUGUCGCCGUGCUACCUUGGAAGCCCAGCGGCGAAGGCGCCUGCGUCCCCUCUGCGCAUUACCGUGCCUAUCAUGCAUCGGGCGCCGUCGAAUCAUGCUGGGGAACAGAAGUCCACUAUCGCCCCUGGAAGUGCGCCUUCCAGACCGGUCAUCAUGUCCGGGGUGUCGAUCUCGAGCUCCUCCAGCAACAGGUCCUCGCGUUGCAGUACGAGGGACCCAGUGUAUGCGCCCACGAGCUGCAACAUGGGCACGGUGUCGAGCGUAUCUACGCCGUCUGCUCAUCCAGUCAGCGUUUUCGCUCCCGAGCCGUGUCCUACCUCGCCUCAGCGGCCACCACUCAUCUUCGUUCAAAGUAGGGAAUCCAGCAGGGCAACUAGUCCACAGCAGACGACCGUAUAUGUGCCACGACACUGCGUUGUCCCGCAUUCUGUCACCAACACGGAGAGCAGCCGCCCUCGGUCUUGCUCGCGCUCGGCUUACCGUGGGCGCCAGGCGCAUGGUCCUGCGGAAGACGACGUGGGCCGCGACAGUCCGCCUUCGCAUGCGCAUAGUCGUCGGGCGCGCUCGCCUUCGGUCCAUGAUAGGUGGAAUCCUCAUAACCCGUAUAUACCUAGGAGACCGGUUGUGGUGACCCGAUCAUCGUGCUCGCGCUCGCGUUCCCGUUCGCCUAUCUACCAUCGUCGCCGCAUCUCGCCCAGCCCUUCGCGCUCGACGCGUUCUGGGCUGGAUGCCCCUCGCGCCCACUCGCCGCGUAGCGUCGAUGUUCAUCAUUCGCCCGACUUCUACUUUACGGACGGGACGCUGUAUGUCAAGGUAGAGACGGUCAUGUACCGCAUUUAUAAGCACUUCUUCCAGAAGUCGUCUCCCGUUUGGAAGGAUAUGCUGCGCGGUCACCGCGUAGGUCGUACAGAGAGCGAGCCUCUUAUCCUGAACGACGUCAAAGCGGAUGACUUUGACCAAUUGCUUAGCCUUGUCUAUCCCGACUUCGUGAGCUCCGGUCCAACAACGGCCAAGCAGUGGACCGGCGUCCUCGAGCUCGUCAUGCAGUGGAAGAUCGACGUCCUGCGCAAGCUAGUAAUCGAUAAGCUCGCGCCCCUCGCCUCCUCCGUCGACAAGCUCGUCCUGGGAGAGAAAUACGGGAUCGAGGGCUGGGCGAAGGAAGCCUACAAGGACCUAUGCCUGCGCCGCGCCCCGCUGUCGAAGGAGGAAGGCCGCAGGCUUGGCGUGGACGCGGUGGUGCGGAUCAACGAGAUGAAGUACGCGCUGAUGGAGAACCUCGGCGCGCUGGUGGACGGGGAGAAGCUGGCGGGUGUCGUCGAGGGCGUGCUGAAGGAAUGA